UUUUAUGUGGUGCUGAGGAUUGAACACAGUGCCCUGCACAUGCUAGGUGAGCGCUCUACCAUUGAGCCACAACCCCAGCCCCUAUGAGGUACUGUUUUAACUUAGGCCCAGAAACAAUGGAGCAGUGGAUCAAGGACUAAAACUUCUGUACCUGUGAGCCAAGAUAAAUAUUUCCUCCUUUUAGUUUUCUCAGUUAUUUUGUCAUGGCGAGGAAAAGCUGAUUAACAUUCUUUUUCUGCCCCAGGUAGUGACAUUGCCCAGGGCUCUAAUGUGUCUCUCAUGGCUUAUAAAGCAUGAGACAGCUACCUGUGUGGGAUUGAGCGACAUAAGACUUGUUCAGGCCUCCUCUUUGUGAUUGAAGAACCUUGGAUCUCUUUCUGCAGAGGUGACAAGGUCCAGGCACCGCUGCAGGAACUGAUUCUCCCUGUCCUUGGAGGUGUGUCAUGAAGUUCAGAACUCUGUUCCUGCUGCUUUUGGGGCCUCUAACCCUGAUCCAAACCUGGGCGAGGUCCCACUCUCUGCGUUAUUUCCACACCUCCGUGUCCCGACCUGGCCACGAAGAGUAUUUUUACACCUCGGUGGGCUAUGUGGACGACACACUGUUCCUGCACUUCGACAGCGACGCCCCGAAUCCGAGAGUGGAGCCGCGGGUGCAGUGGAUGGAAUUGGAGGCACCAGAGUUUUGGGAAGCGCAAACCAAGAUUGCUAAGGCUCAUGCACAGAAAUUGAGCUGGAACCUGCGCUCCACUCUCCGUUACUACAACCAGAGCGAGGACGGCUCUCACACCUUCCAGUGGAUUUCUGGCUGUGACCUUGGGCCAGAUGGAAGCCUCCUUCGUGGAUAUGAGGAGUUUGCCUAUGAUGGUGCGGAUUACAUCUCCCUGAAUGAGGACCUGCGAUCUUGGACCGCCUGGGACAAGGCUGCUCAGAUCACCCAGCGCAAAUGGGAGGAUUCAGGAGAUGCAGAGCACUACAGGGCCUACCUGCAGGAGGAGUGCCUGGAGUGGCUCCGCAGAUUCCUGGAGAAAGGGAAGGACAAGUUGCUGCACACAGAGUCCCCAAAGACACAUGUGACCUAUCACUUCAGCCCUGAAGGAGAUGUCACCCUGAGGUGCUGGGCCUUGGGCUUCUACCCUAAGGAGAUCACCCUGACCUGGCAGAAGGAUGGGGAGGACCAGAUUCAGAACAUGGAGCUUGUGGAGACCAGGCCUGCAGGGGAUGGAACCUUCCAGAAGUGGGCAGCUGUGGUGGUGCCUGCUGGGGAGGAGCAUAAGUACACAUGCCAUGUGCAUCAUGAGGGGCUGCCUGAGCCCCUCACCCUGAGAUGGGAGCUAUCUCGUCAGCACACCUUCUCCAUGAUUGGAAUUCUUCCUGGCCUCUUUCUCUUUGGAGUUGUGUUUGCUAGUGUGAAGUGGAAGAACCAGAUAAAAAGAGGACACUUUCUGUCUACUGUUGGAAAGAAAAAAGCUACACUUAGGCUCAAAUAAGUAAGAGUUGGGGUAAGAUCACUGGGACCCUUGGGGUAGUAUGAACAGGAGCCCUGUGGGGAGCUCACCUACCCCAUGAUUCUCUUUAGCUAUAGCUCCUUUGGACUCUGAGUAGUUUUCUUUUCUUUAGCUGUUGUUGUUCUAUCCUGGGCAGGGAAGAGUCCGAGGGGUUUAAUGAAUCUCUCAUGACUUCUAAAGGAGGGUUGGAAAGGAGGAAGAGAUAGAAUGUAGGGGGCACAGCUGGGUUCUGGGGACUCUAAAUCUGGACCUUUUGAGUGAGAGAUGUUCAGAAUGUUGCCACUUGGAGUGAACUUCCUAAAUUUGUUCAUAAUUCUUUUUCUGCAAAUGACUCUGAAUGUGUCUGAGUUCCUAUUGGCAAAAUGUGAAGGGGUGAAAUAACCAGCCUAUCCCUGCCCACCAGGACCCUCUUCCCCAUACUAACCUGUGUUCCCUUCUGUAUCAGAAAAGGGGCCAGGAUGUCUCUACCCCUGGUUUAACUUUAUGUUGCAUUGAGCUGCAUCUUCUUAUUUCACUAUUGAAGAUAAGAAUCUGGGUAUGAAUGUGUUUUUCAAAUUCUUGCCCUAUAAAGAGAAUGACGAGGUUAUUCAAGGGGCACAAUAUUCCACAAUUUGUGAGAGAAAACAAAUUGAGAUCUGAGAACCUCCCAGAGUCCACGUGUUUGCUGUGUUGAUCUGCUGCAGUGGGCACUGGAGAAGGCUGUAAGGAGCUGUGUGUGGGCAGGGCUGCAGCCAGGCAGUGCUCAGUCUCUGUGGGCUUUGAUGUGGUCACUCAACAGCUGGUUGUUCCUCAGUAGAGUCUUGUCCACUAGACCUGUGAUCACAGGGACUCAGAUAUUUCCUGGGCCUUGUCCUGUGUCCAGGACCAGAGGCAGAAAGGGUUUGUGUGGCCAGAUCAACGUGGUUCAUGCCUGAAUUCAACCCUUAGCUCCCAUUUUGGGGGUUUCUUUGUUUCUGUAGAGGAUUAUGCCUGUUCUUAUUCUUGUGAAUGAGUUCUGGUCUCCUGCUUUGCAUCUAAUUUAAAUUAUAGUUGGUGGAAAAUUAAAUCCAUCUGCUUAGGGUUUUUUUUCCUCCUAAAGGGGAAAAUGAAAUGAUGUGCUGUAGAGUGCAGGAGGGCUGGUGUGGGUGGAGGGAGGGAGGGAGGAAGAGCAGCUCUUAUAAGAAUAGUCCAGGCAGCCUGGACUUCUAUGUGAGAGGACAUUGUGCUGUAGCUGCCACAAGCAGCCUUUGGCCUGAGGCUCCAUUAAUAAUGAUAGUGUCUCUAGAAGAGGGAGAUGCUCCGGAGUGAUCAUUCAUCCAAUUGAUACUUACUGUGUGUCAGAUCUGUUACACUGUUCUGUACCUGGGAAACACGAGUGAAAUUAAACCAGUUGUCCUCUCUGAGGAGCAGAUGUCCUAGUGGGCAGAGGUAGAAAAUUUCAUCUAGGCAGUGGGUAGUUUUCAUGGCAGGAAGUGGCAAGUAAUAUAGGGAAGGUGAUCUAGCGCAUGAUGUGAGGCAGCGAAGAGGGCUGUGUGCUGGAGUGGGCAGCGUGGGCAUCAUGAAGAAAGUGAGAUUUGAGGAGAGACGUGAGGACCUGAGGUAAUUAGCUAUGAGGACACCUGGAGGAGUUCUUUCCAGGCCAGGGGAAGUGCACUGCAAGUGACAGGGCGGAAUGAGUGUGUAAGAGUAUGUGUGUGUGUGUGUGUGUGUGUGU